AUGCACAAAGCACUUGGUAUUCUCAUCAGAGCCGAAGCUGAUUUCAAGAGCGGCAAUACGGAGAAGGAUGCCAACUUCUUUGGAAGACCGCCAUUAGUUGUUGCUUCCGAGAUGGGUUUACAAGAAUGCGUUCGCUUGUUGCUCAGUUACGGGGCUGAUAUAAACAAAGAAUGCGUUACAGGGACUGCACUCUACGCAGCAAUCGAACGAGGUCAUGCAAACGUCGCCCGGAUACUACUUGAACACGAGCAUAAGCCAAACAAAGACGCGGCCCCCCCAGGCCAGUUGAUGCCUUUGACACGAGCCGUUUACACUGGAAAUACCGAGCUUGUAUCUGUACUAAUUGAACACGGUACCGAAGUGGACUUUGUUGAUCCUUACAAUACACAUUAUAAGACACCUCUCACCUGGGCUUGUAUGCAAGGAAAUCUAGAGAUGGCAAAGCUCCUAUUGAAUAAUAAAGCUAACAUUAAUUACACCGGGGGUGUGUCAUAUACGCCACUAUACGCAGCUCUCCAGCAAGGUAGAAUCGAGAUGGCAAAUUAUCUUCUACAAGAUGAGGAUAUCGACGUCAAAUGGGUGUCAGAUGUGGGAUUAGGAGCCCUCCACGCAGGAAUCGCUUUUCCGAGUAUUAUUCGAGAAUUACUUAGAAGGGGUGUCUUUGUUGAUAGCCUUAGUGCUCUUGGGACGGCUUUACAUCUGACUGCGCUGGGUGGCUACCCUAAAUCUAUUCAAGCGCUACUUGAGAAUGAUCCCAAACCCAACCUAGAUUUUGUUUAUGAAAGUAACGUCGACAUCGAAGAUCACGUCGGGUGCACGCCUCUACAACUGGCUUGUAUGUACCAUAAACCUAGCUGUGUGAAAGUUCUCCUUAAAGCCGGUGCCAAUCCAAAUUUCAAGAGCAAUAAUGGCAAUGACGCUGUUGAUAUUCUAUUACUACGAACAGAAUCUGAUUCAAAAGAUGCCUUGGAAUGUCUCAAAUUGCUACUGUCUAGAGUCUAUAAUGUCCCUGUAGACGAUAUCAAUCAGCAAGGUCAGACUAGACUUCAUCGUAUACAGGAGAACACGCCUGUAUCUAUGGUACAACUCCUAGUCGAAGCACGAGUUCCAUUGGACAUCCAGGACCAUGAUGGGUAUACCCCCCUCUCUAUAGCAAUUAGGAAUAAUAACGAGAGUGUUUCUAGAUAUCUCAUAGAACAAGGCGCCAGUGUCAAUAUAUUAAGUCCUAUCUUCGGAAGCAUCAUCCACCUUGCUGUUAGUCGCAGCAUGUUGAACAUCGUGAAGCUACUUGUCGAUUCAGGUGCAGAUCUAGAAGCGGUAGAUGCUAAGUAUGGGCAGUCGUUGCUAUAUACGGCGCUGGGUAUCCAAGACGAUUCAAAACUUAAGAGGAUGGUGCAAUACCUAGUUGAUGAAGCCAAGGCCCCGAUUGACCAGCUGGGCGGUCAGCUUGGAUACCCGAUUAUUCGUGCUGCGGAGCUGGCCAAAACCAACCUGACGACAGGCACAAAUAUGCUCAAGUUCCUUAUCCGGCGCAAGGCCCAAUUAAACGUUUCCGAUGACCAAGGACGUCGGGCCGUCCACUUUGCAUGUAUGUCCUGGAAAGAUGAUGGCAUCAAAGCCCUGACCAAAGCUGGCGCGGAAAUCGGUGUGAAGGAUAAAUUUGGUCGCAUGCCGAUCCACUUCGCAGCUUCGUCACCAAGCAAAGAGUGCUUCGAAUAUUUAUUUAACGACUUCAAUGCCGUAUAUAUUCACGCCGCAGACCACGAUAACUGGACUCCGUUGCUAUGGGCGGCACGUUCCGGACAUAGCGAUACUAUUGCCAAGCUAAUCGCGCAUAACGCAGAUAUAUGGGCUCGAGGGUGUACUUACGGCGCAGACGACUGGUCAGCGUUGAAGCUUUUGGACUUUGCCAACAAUUUUACGGUGUUGAGAGGCGAGCUCGAGCCUAAAAUACGUACUAGAAUCAACCAGGAUGGGGAAAAGGAGGAGUGGGACGACUUUCAGCACAAUAUGAAGCCUGGACACUGGAAAGAUAUUGACUGCAAAAGCUGCUUUGUCAAGAUUUUAGGGAUACAAUGGAAAUGUAUCGACUGCACCCACGACUUCUCCCUUUGCUUCAAAUGCUACAACCACCGAUCCGAUAUUCACUACCAAGAGCAUAACUUUGAGAAGAUAGGACCGCUAUAUGACGAGAGAUAUGAGCAGUCAGAUAUCAACGACGACGUAAAGGAAUUACUGCAAGAGGAACCUGGGGAUGAAGGAGAGGAACAAGGUCAUGUGAGUGAUGAUAUAGGGUGGUAG